AUGCUCAGGAUGUCGCACAUGAUUUUGGUUGCUCUUGUACUACUACUGGCUUGGAGCAGAAACACAGGUAUGUGCAUGAAUUGUUGUAAUUUAAUUGCAGCCUCUCUUUGUGUAAUAAAAUAAUGAUAUAACAACAGAGUUGCUGUUCGCGGGCGUGAAUAUGUUUUUAGCCCAACUCAGGCUCAUUUUUGCCCAAGCCGAAGGCAAGGGCUAAAAUGAGCUCUGAGAAGGGCCAAAAACAUAUUUAAGCCCAAGAACAUCAACUCUAUUACUAUUAUAAUAACUUCAGAGGGCAUUUAGAAAAGAAAUUUAAGACGGGAAACGACAUUUAAAACAUUCCCAGCUUCGAUUCGGCGUUUAUUCAAGGUUGAAAAUCAGACCUGAAUGCUCACAAAACUUGACAGAAAAUGACCGCAAAAUUACUCAAAAGAAUUUUCUGUCUAAAGUUCUCUUCAAAAUGAAAUUAUAGAAUUUAUAGGCAACAAGAAAUGGUCAUUUAGAAGCGUUAAUAAUGAUUGAAAAUAACUAACAGGCAGUUUGCAGGGGCACCCAACGACACUUUUCGGAAAAUAUCUGUUCGGAAGACGAUUUGAGAUCUAGAAUUUUCGGAACAUUUGUUGUAAAACUUCUUGCUUGCCUGCCUCUCCUAGGAUUUUCGAACAUCUACUAAAAAAAUGGUAUAAUUGCCCAUUUUUAACGGAUUUUUUCCUUAAAAGGUCACCUAGAAUUUUCGGGAGCCUGUUUUUCUGGCUGAAAUUUUCGAAAAGGUAAGUUUUGAUCCCUAUAAUUUUCGGAUCACUAGACUUUCAGCUAGGAAAUCCGAACAGAUAAAAAAUUUUUAGGGGAUAAAAAUAUGCUUAUAUCUACCGUUUAAAGACUAAAAUACAUUUAACAAUGGUAUGUUUAAGUGGUUUUGAAUUAUAUUCUCGUUGGGUGCCCCUGAGUUUGGCCUGCAUAAAUACACCAACUGAUCGAGCGAGUUUCACUUAAAGGGAUACUGACUUGCGGUUCGCGCCUUAGCUCGUGGUCAAAAACCGGAAGUGACGCACAUAGGAGAACUAGCAUCAUCGCAUAGAGAAGGAUUGAGACCAGUUGAGCUAUAAAAAAGCUCUCUGCGCUGCUGUAAAAUAUAGUUCAAGCUUUUCGCUAAAAAUACAUAAAACAGCUAAUUUCUCUCUGUGAGUAAUUUUAAAGGCCGAUUGUACUCUUAUAUAUUGCCAGUCUCACGCUAUGUUGCAAAUAAUCGCAACUUUAACUGUCAAAUCUCUUUGUCGUUAUCUACUAAGGAAACUCCGAUGAUUCUUUCUUCCUAUUUUGCAACCCCAUGCUAUUAAUUAACCUCACCUCAAUAAUUACAAAAGAUGCAAAGCAAGCAAUAAAGUGCAGUGUUUUACUUUAUACAGUCUUUAUACAGUCGAGGUGUGUGCUCAUUCUCGGGUGUGUUACUUACCAGAUGUCUCACCAGUCCGGAAAAUUCGACACGACCUUCGCCUGACCCUGUUUUAUAACACUCGUUUAAAUAUAAAUCAAUAGCUUGAAUAGCGCAUUAACACGAAAUUAAAAUGCCACAUUGCUUUGUAGCCGGUAGAUGUUCUAACAUGCGUAAGGAAAGAGGAAGCCUUCACAAAUGGCCUGCAAAUCCCAACGCGACUGUAUGAACAAAAGCUGUGAACACCGUACCCGUUCUGAGCUUUUAACGUAACUGCGACGACUAACCAUGUAUUUGCAAUGCUCACUUCACUGCUGAGUCUUUUGAAGAACAGCCGGUGAAGGAGAUUUCUCUGAUUUAAAAAUGGAAAAAAAAUUACGUAAAACCCAAUUCUGUCCAACAAUUUUCGGAAGUGGUCCUCCAGACAAAAAGAAACAAAAGCGAGAAGACGAAAACAUAAGUUUUUUUUUGAUAAUAUAAUUAAGUAUUUCGUGACCAUGAUACAUUCAAUCUCAAACAAAAUUUCAACAGACCAGUGGAAUCAAAUAAAAGCUACCUUUACAUAUUGUCAACAGUAAAAAUCAAUACGAACUAAAGAAUUAUAAUAAUAAAACAUUAAUCGGAAAGUAAAAUAAACAGAAAGUCUUCCUCGUGCACUGGGAGAGGAAAGUACGCUCGCAUGUAACGUAUAGUUUAUGAUGGCCGGACCACUCGCACUUCUUUUCCCAAAAGAUGCUAACUCCUCCUCGCCAAGUGCCUAUAGGCUAUUAUUCUAAAAUGUCUAUUUUGUUUAUGCUGUUGGCCUUCAUGAGAGUCCUCGUAUCCCGGUGGGGGGUACUCCCUUAUAUGGGCUAUAUAGGUGUGUGCGGCCCCAAAGGGUAGGGUUUUUCAGCCCUUUUGCUCAUAAAUAGGGUAUCGAUUUUAGCCAUUUUGCCGCCAUUUUGGUAGCAGGCUACUCAUAAAUAGGGUAAGGGUUUUGGGAAGCGGGCCGCACACCCCUACCCAUUUUUUGGGGGGUACCCCCCCCCCCCCCGGGCCUCGUAUACUGUUCUUUAUGUUGCUAUCACGCCGUAGAACCCAGCCAUGAAACAAACACGUCCACGGGAUGCUGUGUCAUACAUGGAUUGCUUCACAAUUUUUGGCCACAAUUAACGCAGUCAAUUUCGGCACAGCACACGCACUUUACAACUCGAUUACGUCCUUUGUCAUGUCCAUACCGGCAUAUAAAAUUUCCAAUCGAAAUUUUUACAUAUGAUCGCACCGAAAUAAUCACAACACCUAAACGAAUUCCUGCCGUGAAAUAUUUUGCAUCGAAACUGAACAUGAAAAUACACCCAGUUAUUCCAUUCCAACAAAUGUAACAAGAAAACUUUAUUGUCAAAUCAUGUUGACUUCAUUCAUUCGCUAAUGAAAUCUGUUAACAAAAUUACGGAAAGAACUCGACUUAUAAAGAAGUACAUUAUUGAUCGCUCACCAGUCUGAUCUGUGUUUUGCAAUCGUUCGAAUUGUCGACCGCCAUCUGACUAAUUUGUGGAGUCCGUGCCUGCCGUAUAAAGGCUCAAGCAGAUGCGGCUGUGUUACCAGACAAUCUUCUAGUGUCAUUGUAUCAGUAGAAUCCCUAUCCCUUAUAGAAGAAUGAGGAAAAGAACCACACGGAUCCUUCGAUUCCAUGACUGACUAUGGUAAACACGCAAGAAGUUCUCCUAUCUACGUCAUAAAUCACAUGACUAGAAAGUCAGCCACUUCAUUUCCGCUCCUCAAAAAGCGGGAAAUUUCGCUUUUCAAGCGCAAUUUUUAGCCGUUAAAAUUUACUUCGAGCGCUUUUUUUGUUUCUCAAUUAUCUUUUUGGUACAAAUGCUACAUUUUGAGCAACAUGUUGUAAUGUGGUCAAGAGUAUUCCUUUAACGAAAGCAAACUUACAUUCACUUUGUCGCCUGGAUUCUUCUUCGAGAUUCUGUAAUUCGUUUUCAUCUAGCUUAAAAGACUGCGAGUUUGCUUCCUGGUUACGUUUUUCAUCCAUUUUAUCGUAACAAACCUCUCAAAAGUUUGCAGUGGAGAUGAAAGCGUCUCGACUCAGCUUGAAAUUUGCUGGCAGCCAGCGAGAAAACCGAGCGAACAGUUGAAUGGUUUCCAGUUCUGAUUGGCUAGUUUCGUUACUUUCUCGUUUCUGAUUGGUCGACGGCAAUGAAUCGCUGAAUUCUCCAUUUUACCCGCAAAAUACACCGCAAUGCCCGAUGAAGUUAUUAUAAUCGUCAUGUGUCGUGAUUCAGUCAUGUACAUGAUUCUUUGCUUUCUAAUCAACCUCACACCCAGGGUCUUCGUUCCUUCUGACUUGCGAUGAGGAAACAAACGACCCUAGAAAUAAAGUUCCGAUCUGAAGUCCUAAAGUUUGCCUAGCUUUUAAACGAACAAAAAAUUUCUUGGUAUUUUACUUCCGUUCAUUUGUAUUGUCUCUUCUCAACCCAAUCAAAAUCAAUAUUCUGUAACGGGACUUUCGAAAAUCGCUUGUUUCGUCAAACCUGCGCAAAGUGUAAUGCCACCUAUCCCCCUAAUAAUGUGAUGUGAUAGAAACAAACUUAACAUCGGUAUAUAACGCUCAGUUACUGUUACAUGUAAAUGAGAUACCGAUGACAGAAACGAGUCUCUUUUAGGUGGCAAUCAAAAAACGACUUUUGAUUUGAAGAUUGAUCCCACGUUUUUUUUUCAGAAUGAAUGUUUUUUGAAACCACUAACGGGAAGUCAAUGAAUGAACACAUUCACGUUUUAGACAUCUACCAUAUUCUUACCAGUGCUUAGUGGGAUUCUCGCCUUUUUUUACAUCAGGGCGCCGUUUCACACAUAUUUUUGCUAAGGAAGGUUAUAGUGUUUGUGACCAAAACGUUCUUUAACGCCAUUAUUUAAGUCAGUGAAAACAAAUUUUUUUAUCAAAGGCUAUCUUUUUAUACUGGAAAAAUUAAAUCUAAUCACCAUUCAGUGAUAAGACUGGUCCAAUACUUCUUUCGAAUUUCAAAGGUGUUUUAGUGUAAUCUCCAUCCAGAGGCCCUAACAAAAACAACACACAGUUACCAAACAAAAUAUCUACCAUGUUUCUUCGGGUUCAGCAAGUACUUUCUGUUAAGAUACAUAGAGGAUAUUACAUGGCCACGCGAAGAUACGAAAUUUCUCUUCGAGUGUUGAACAAUAUUUUACGAGUGAGCGUAGUAAUAUUCUAUUUAGUAUAUAAACACCAAUGAAUACCAAACCUUUUAAGUUUUGAUGCGAAUGGCGCGAUUUUUUUAUGUAACCGUAGCAACGUUGAUAUCUUCACAUGUGAAAAUAACAUGUUAUUUUCACGUGUGAAGAUAUCAUGUUUUCGCGCGAAAGCUCACCUGGUAUUUCACUGCUGUUUAUAUAAUAAAAACACGUACGUACCGAAUGUUACGUAACUAAGCUUAACACCAAGUCGAGGCUCGGGAGGUUUUGCACCAUCCUCUUUUAAUAAACAUGUGACUCGCGUUUUUAGUGGAAAUAAAAAUGGUUGUGUUGCUGAUGUUCGCAAUUCUUCUCUUGAAAUGAUCCACCAAAAGAACGACAAAUGGCCACGCUUGCAACAGUUUCUCAGUGUUAUGGAUCUUUAAGCUAUAUUCUCUGAAACUCUUUUUUACACAAGGAGGAUGAUCACGGAUUGACCUAAAUUAUUCUCUAAAAAAAGGAAAGAUCGAAAUAUAACUCUUAGUUGCGAUUGAAACAGAUCACUUAGUACCUUUCUAUGGAGGUUAUCCACUAAUGAAAAGACUAAGAAAGAAAGAAGAAGUCAAAGAAUGCUGCCUCGUUUUGCGCUAAUUACAAGCGAAAUUUAAAUUCCACAGUAAGAUAGCGCAUGACAAUUCAAGAAAAUAGCCUAAAUGUUCUUUUUACGCCCAUCCAUCCAUCGUUCCUCCGUUUAAUGUCAGUGUUAAUGUUAUUGGUGCCACUAUCACCAUUUUUCGUCCUUGUGUUAAUCCUUUUGAUGUAAUACGAGGUCUGGUCGUUCAAAGGUUGGAUAAUGCUAUGCACCAGAAAAACCGAAAUAAGGUUAACAAAAGUGUUAACAACACCAGCUGCACUUUCAGUUUAAUAUAGUGAUGUGCAUUAUUCGUCCUUUAACAAGAACUCUCUGCCUUUUACAGUUCUGAAUGGAAGAACUCGCCCCAUAUUAAUGCAUUAUCUUUUUAGAGUGCGCGAUGAUCGACUGCAAUAACGCACAGUAUCUUACAACCAGUCUGGAUGAUUUCGUGGCUAGCUGUAGACCAGAAACCUGGAAAGAUUUCUUUGAUCAGGAGGACGUACAAAACGAAAUAACGAAAACAGCUAAAGCAAUGCUUAAGGAAGCCGAGUCUUAUGUUAUUCAACCUCCAAUGCCGCAGAUGUUCAGGGCUUUAGAACUCGUAGCUCCAGCCAAUAUCAAGGUGGUUAUUUUGGGUCAGGAUCCAACUCCAAAACCAGGUAUGGCUACAGGCUUGGCGUUCAGCGUUGCUAAUCCUCUGAUCGUUCCUACAGUCCUGAACGUUUUGCUACAGCUCGCCCUGGAAGGAUUUCACGUUGACGUCAACAACGGUGAUCUGACAUCAUGGGCAACCCAAGGAGUCCUUCUGUUAAACAGAGCGUUAACAAUUCGACAGGGUGAAACAGACUCUCAUAAAGCAUGGUGGGAGGUAUUUUCCAAAUAUCUGAUACAACAUAUUAGUAAAAACGCCCAACCAUCUGUCUGGUUACUCUUGGGGAAAGAGGCCCAAAAUUACAAGCGUUUUAUUGACACAGAUAAGCACUAUGUUAUUGAGGGCGGCCAUCCCUCAUCCAUGGGUGGUCGAGCGAAUACCUUUAUUGGUGGCCAAUACUUUCGAUGCGCUAAUAACUUUUUGUUUAGAAAAGGUCGACUUCCAGUAAAUUGGGGAUGGGGGACGGCAAACUCUCUGAGGGCAUGUCCGGAUGAACCUAAACCAGCCAUAGUAGGAGGGGGUCCAUCUAAGAAACCAAGACGCUUUAAAUAA